AUGUGGAAAACGACAAAAUUGUUUCUGGAACAAAACAAAAACAUAUUGCUUACUAGGGCUGAUAAAGGAAACGUGACGGUUGCUAUGGAUGCUAAAGAUUACAAACAAAAAAUGCUUAGUUUGCUUAAUGAUGAUAGUACCUACGAAAUUAUUAGAAAAAAUCCGAUUUGUAAUUUAACUAGGAAAUUGGGGGAAUUAUUAAUAUUAUGGAAAAAUAAAGAUUACAUAACGAAACAAGACUAUAACUAUCUUUAUGUGAGUGAUGGCUCACUUCCAGGGAUCUAUGGUUUACCAACGAUCCACAAAGUAGACGUACCGCUCAGAAUUAUAGUAUCAGCCAUUGACAGCACUUUAUAUCCACUUGCGUCCUUUUUACACAAAAUUAUCUCUAAAGUUAGUCUUGAAUCGCAGAGUUACAUAAAAAAUAGCUUUCAUCUAAUAGAGAUCAUCAAGAAUAUAUCACUGGGGGACAAUGAUGUCUUAGUCUCUCUAGAUGUAGUAUCAUUGUUUACAAAUGUUCCUCUUGAUUUAGCUAUGGAUAGUAUUAAUUACAGAUGGUCAUCCAUAUCAAAAAAUAUUAAAAUUGAUAGGAAUGAAUUUAUGAAGGCACUCAAGUUAGUAUUUGAAUCUGCGUUUUUUUCUUAUGAUAAUACCAUCUUUCGACAAAAAUAUGGUAUGCCUAUGAGCUCACCUCUUUCGCCAGUCAUAGCUGAUCUAGUCCUACAAGAUUUAGAGAUGAAAGCAUUAAGUACAUUAGAAUUUCACUUGCCCUUGUAUGUGAGAUACGUGGAUGAUGUGGCUUUAGCCGUACCUUCUGAAAAAACAAAUGCCAUUCUUGAAGUUUUUAAUUCUUUCCACCCCCGUUUACAAUUUACAAUAGAGGUGGGAGGCACCACAUUAAAUUAUCUAGAUUUGACGUUAAUCAAGGUUGACAAGAAAUUAGAAUAUGAUUGGUUCCAUAAGCCAACUUUCUCUGGUAGGUACUUGAAUUUUAUUUCUGAACAUCCGAUUUCCCAAAAAAAAGGCACAAUUAUUAGCAUGGUAGAUAGAGCUUUCUUGUUGUCUGUUCCGAAAUAUCACAAAAAGAACCUUAAAAUUGUAAUAGAAACGUUACUCAUGAAUGACUAUCCGCUGGAGUUUAUAUUUGACACAAUCAAUGAAAGAUUAAAAUCAUUAGUACACAAAAAAACUUUGAAACAAAAAAAAAAUGACGAAAUUGGAAAUGCUGGUUUAGAUAAUAAGAGAUGGUUUUUAGUUCCAUAUAUCAAUAAUAUUACUAACAGGUUCAAAAACGUAGUUAAAGAUUUGAAUGUAAAAUUGAGUUUUUUCAGCUUGAAUAAGCUCAAUUGUUUCAUAAAAGCACAAAAAGAUCAAGUGUCAUCCCUAUUAAAAAGAAAUGUAGUAUACAAAAUUAGUUGUAGCGAUUGCGACGUGUCUUAUGUGGGCCAGACCAAGCGCACAUUGGCAACAAGAGUAAAAGAGCACAAGAAUGAUAUCAAGAAGAGGGAUGGCAAUCUCUCAGUAAUCAGCGAACAUAGAUUAAGUUCAAAUCAUGAAUUUAAUUGGGAAGACGUCGAAAUUUUGGAUUCAGAAAGAUGGUUAUACAAAAGACGUAUUUCAGAAAUGCUUCACAUAAAAUUGCAAAAUAACGGCAUAAAUUUACAGUCAGACACGGAUUUGCUACACAAUUCAUAUGUAUGA